CCGAUUAAGUCCAUUGUGAAUGUUAUUAAACAGAAAGUGUGAGGAAGUGCCUGUUGGAAAUGAUAUACAUUAACCCGAGGAUUAAUGACAUUUUUUCUUGAAUAUUAUCGUGUAUGCUGACAUCUAACAAUGACAUUCACAUACUAUUAAAAGUCUAGUUGUGUACAUUUAAAAAUGACGAAUGAAAACUAUUCUCUUAUUCUAUCUAGUGCUCUCGACACAUUGGGAUAUGGAGAGGUCGAUUUUCGCCGACGCAAAAAGAUAUAUACGCGAUAUGAAUCAAUCUUGAAUGGUUCACAUGGUGAUGAAGAAUUAACCUUUGUUUUGGCCGGAAGUAAAGGCGAUGGCAUUUCAAACGUAUUAGAGUCCGAUAUUGACCUGAUGAUGUGCCUGUCAGAAGCUAAGUGUUUUGACAUUCAAUCAAUACAGGAGGCACCAAAUACCUACCGAGUUCGUUUUUUGUCGGACUUCAACGGUGUCACGCCUGGUUAUUGCAUUCUGAAACUUGUGACAUAUAAUAACCCCGUUGGUGAAGACGGCGAAUACCUCCAGUUACUUCUUGACAAUAUGGUGCCAUAUAACGAUGGCCAAUAUCUGUUGAGCCUGAAUAUGCUGAAGAUGGCUUAUGAUCAACAACUUGGCGUGGAUUUCGGCGAAACUAACGGCCCUGCUCUUACAUCCUUCUUUUCACACGUAUGGACAUCAGAUGGAAAUCUUACGACUGACAUUGAUCUGGUUAUGGCCAUACCAGUCUGUUGUCCAGUCAUCCUUCAGCAAUGGAGACAUCGACGAAGGAAUUGGGGCUGGCCGCCUCAAAAUGUGAUAGAACAAGUCGUUAACAUGGAUGGACAGCUAGUUCCAGUGAGCUCCAAGGAAAACCUGUUGGCCCCACUUGAAUGGAGAUUCUGUUUUGUUACGGCCGAAAAAGAGCUCGUGUUGUCACUGAGUGAGACGCACAAGAAACUGUAUGUGCUUCUCAAAAUGGUUGUGAAAGAAAGACUGAAGUUCAUUUGUCCGGCUAUGACGUCAUUUGUGACAAAAAACUUAAUCUUCUGGAUGGCGGAAAUGAUCCCAAGUCAUCAUUUUAAACCCGAGAAAUUGACGUAUCUGGGAAUAAUUGCACUGACGUAUCUGCAAAGGUUUGUCAAAGAGAGAUUUAUGCCGUACUACAUGAUACCCGAACGAAAUUUGCUUGAAGGGAAACUGACCGAGGAUAAUAGAGAGCAGUGCAUGAGAAUUCUUUCUGAGCUUAUUGACCAAGGGCCGUUCAUGUUCGAAGGUCAAGAAGGGUUACCGAAACACAUGAACUACACAAUAAGACAACUGAUCAUGAACGAAGCACACGCCAAUUUUCUCGUGCACUUUAGGGCAGCAACAUAUAACAUGCUCGAUCUUAACUGCAUUGAAGAGCUAUUCAGUAUCCUGAUACACGAGUUCUUGCCUUCUCUAGAGCUUGCAUCCCGGCAUGAGCAUAGGUCACACACAUCGGUUGGAAGUAUUGCUUCUCAAGCGUCGAUUGGGGGUAUUGCUUCUCAUGCGUCGAUUGGAGGUAUUGCUUCUCAGGCGUCGAUUGGAGGUAUUGCUUCUCAGGGGUCGAUUGGAGGUAUUGCUUCUCAGGGGUCGAUUGGAGGUAUUGCUUCUCAGGGGUCGAUUGGAGGUAUUGCUUCUCAAGCGUCGAUUGGAGGUAUUGGUGAUCAAGCGUCGUUUGGAGGAAUGACUUUAAGCCAAGACGAUAGUUUUCAUGUGGAAUUUGGGACACAAUUCCAAAAUUUCUUCGUAAGGAAUAUAGGCGAACUAUUUCCUGUGAUUCUGGCGUCUCCGUUCGUAUCCAUCCUGUGGUCUACGAUGUUUCGGGUCCCAUUGGACAAAAGCAUUAUGUUGAUUUUGAAACUGAUUAUAUACCUGUUAGGGAAAUUCGAUUAAAUAUCUAUAAAGAUAGUCGAAUGACAAGACGGAAAUACUGAUCCCAAUUAUAAAGACUCUACAAGAAUAUAUAGCACUUUGUUGAUACAUGUUUGGGAAAAUUUUGAUGGUGGGCACCAAUUAAUUGUUUUAAGCCCUCAAUAAAUUCUUAUUUAGUUUUCACUGACGGUUUCGAGGCGGUUACCGCGGCAUUCAACAAUGUCGAUAUUUAGUCUUCACUGACCGUGCAAAGGCGGUUACCGCGGCAAUCAACUAUGUCGAUAUUUAGUCUUCACUGACCGUGCAAAGGCGGUUACUGCGGCAUUCAACUAUGUCGAUAUUUAGUCUUCACUGACCGUGCAAAGGCGGUUAUCGCGGCAAUCAACUUUGUCGAUAUUUAGUCUUCACUGACCGUGCAAAGGCGGUUACCGCGGCAAUCAACUAUGUCGAUAUUUAGUCUUCACUGACCGUGCAAAGGCGGUUACCGCGGCACUCAACUUUGUCGAUAUUUAGUCUUCACUGACCGUGUCGAGGCGGUUACCGCUACAUUCAACUAUGUCGAUAUUUCAGUCUUCACUGACCGUGCAAAGGCGGUUAUCGCGACAUUCAACUAUGUCGAUAUAAUUAAUCUUCACUGACCGUGCAAAGGCGGUUACCGCGGCAUUCAACUAUGUCGAUAUUUAGUCUUCACUGACCGUGCAAAGGCGGUUACCGCUACAUUCAACUAUGUCGGUAUUUAGUCUUCACUGACCGUGCAAAGGCGGUUACCGCGGCAAUCAACUUUGUCGAUAUAAAUUCUUCACUGACUGUGUCGAGGCGGUUUCCGCGGCAACCAACUAUGUCGAUAUUUAGUCUUCACUGACCGUGCAAAGGCGGUUACCGCUACAUUCAACUACAACUAUGUCGAUAUUAAGCGAUAUUAAGUCUUCACCAAUCGUUCAAAGGCGGUUACCGCGGCAUUCAACUAUGUCGAUAUUUAGUCUUCACUGACCGUGAAGAGGCGGUUACCGCGACAUUCAACUAUGCCGAUAUUAAGCGAUAUUAGGUUUUCACCAAUCGUGCAAAGACGGUUACCGUGACAUUCAACUCUGUCGAUAUUUAGCGAUAUUAAGUCUUCACCAAUCGUGCAAAGGCGGUUACCGCGGCAUUCAACUAUGUCGAUAUUUAGUCUUCACUGACCGUGCAAAGGCGGUUACCGCUACAUUCAACUACAACUAUGUCGAUAUUAAGCGAUAUUAAGUCUUCACCAAUCGUUCAAAGGCGGUUAUCGCGGCAUUCAACUAUGUCGAUAUUUAGUCUUCACUGACCGUGAAGAGGCGGUUACCGCGACAUUCAACUAUGCCGAUAUUAAGUUUUCACCAAUCGUGCAAAGACGGUUACCGCGACAUUCAACUCUGUCGAUAUUUAGCGAUAUUAAGUCUUCACCAAUCGUGCAAAGGCGGUUACCGCGGCAUUCAACUAUGUCGAUAUUUAGUCUUCACUGACCGUGUCGAGGCGGUUACCGCGGCAAUCAACUUUGUCGAUAUUUAGCGAUAUUAAGUCUUCACCAAUCGUGCAAAGGCGGUUACCGCGGCAUUCAACUAUGUCGAUAUUUAGUCUUCACUGACCGUGUCGAGGCGGUUACUAUAGCGCUUAUCAAUGACUACAUUUUGAUAGUUGUUGUUUUGUAGCGUUGUCUCUUGUUUGAUGUUUGGUUGACCUUGAUCUGUUUUCCUUUACCAAAAUCUUGGUAACAUUUUAGGCAACUGGGCUUGUGCCUGUAUUUUCCAUUGUAUUAUUGAAAUAUACUUUAUUAUAGUGUAUGAGAUCUAGAUGAAAAUAAAUUACAUGUAUUACAGUUAUA